AUGAAUGUACAAGUUGGUAAGUUUUAAUUCAAUUCUCGUUUUUGUUUAGGAGAAGGUGCCUAUGGAAAAGUGUUUUUAGGUUAAGAUACUGAAAACAAUGAUCAAGUAGCUAUCAAAUAAAUAGACACUAAAUUCAUUGAAUAAUAAGACAAGUAUAUUAAAUAACAGAUUAUUAAUGAAAUUGAAAUUCUCAAAAAAUGCAAUCAUCCAAACAUUGUUAGAUUUAUAGAUUUGAUUGAUACUCCUAAAUAUAUCUACAUUAUUAUUGAAUAUUGUAAAGAUGGUGAUCUAAAGGAACUUUUGAAUUAAAAAAGAUUAAGUGAAGUAGAAUCAUUUGAUGUACUUAGAUAAAUUGUUGAAGGAUUUAAAGAAUUACAAAAACAUAGUAUAAUUCAUAGAGAUUUAAAACCAGCUAAUAUAUUAAUAAAUAAUGGAAUUUUCAAAAUUGCAGAUUUUGGUUUUGCAAAGAUUGUUAAUAAUUAUUCAAGUACAAAUAUGCUUAAAUCUUUGGUUGGAUCACCAUAUUAUAUGGCACCUUAAUUACUUGGUUAUUAAUAAUAUUGUUUCAAAUGUGAUAUUUGGUCAUUAGCAGUUAUUUAUUUUGAAAUGAUUUUUGGAAAUCUUCCUUGGUUAGCAAGUGAUCCAUAAUCUUUAUUAAAAAAAAUAUUAAGUUAACCAAUCAUAGAAAAAUUAAAAUAAGCAAAAAUUAGUUAAUUUAGUAUGUAUUUUUUAGAAAAGACAUUAACAAUAGAUGAAUUUAGAAGACCUAAUUGGUAAGAAGUUGUUUAGAUGAUCAAUACAUCACCAUUAAUGAAAGCUGAUAAAAAUUCAAUUCCAUAACCAUAAUCUUAAAGUAAAACAAAUAUUUUAGAAGUAAGUGCAUCAUGUGAUACAAAAUCAAAUAUCAAUUCAAUAUAACCCGAAUAAUAAAAGAAAAGAUAAGAAAUAAUAUUUAAACAUUAUAUAUGUUAAGAAAUAUUUGUUAAUAAAUCAGAGAUUUUAUAAUUUUGUGAUGGGAAUAAUGUAUUAUUAAAAUUAGCAUUUUGUUUAUCAAAAUGGGUAUUAGUUUUGAGUUAAUAAUUAUUAAAAGAAUUACCAGAAUUAAAAAAAGAACAUGAAUUUUAUGUACAGUUUAUGCAUGAUAUUGAAGAAUUAAGAUUAUCAUGUGAAUUUAGUAUUGAAAGAGUUCCUUAGAUAUGUUAGGAUUAUUGUAUAGAAUAUUUAACAAUAGCAUAAAGGAAUUUGUAAAAUAUGAGUGAAACAUACUUAUUAGUGUUAACAGAAUAUUUAAUUAAUUUUGCAAGAGUUUUAAGAGAUGGAAAAGAUUCACCUAUUGAUUAUGAAGAAUUAGCUUAAAGUAAAUUGAAUGACUACGAUUUUUAAUUAUAUCAUGAUAUUUUACAGACGAAUUUGAGUGCCAUCGUUAUUUGA